AUGACACCUGCUGUUGAACCAAGCAAAUGGAAAGCAGUUCGACCAGACCAACGCCGGCAAAACGAGCCUCAUGCGAUCGCUGUCAUCUUCAGAAAAUCAGAUGCCCUCGACCGGAUUCCGACGAUCGCGCCAUCACCAAGGGGACGGCCAAGCGGAAGCAGGAAGUCGACCAGCAACAGCUAUAGAACGCCGGAGGUACCUCUUCUGCCCCGGCCCUCGCAAACUACCCCGGAACCAAUAGACAACCAGGAAACGAUAUCUGACGAGCUCCGAUCAGUACUGGUGUCUCAAAAUUAUGGCUAUCCGGCAGGGACCUGGUUUGAGUCGGAUCCAUGGUCCUUGUUAGGGACUGCAGCUGAUAGGGGAUCAUUCGCUGAUCUUACCAUGGAAACAGCAUCAACAUACACCCCAAGCGCCUCAUCUGCUGAGCUAUCCCACGAUGACAUUUUCACAGAUUCGAUGCAGCAGCUGGCAGCGCUAAGUUGCAGCCUCUAUACGCUUCACACCACGUGCCGCAACGAGAUCGCCAGCCUGGGGCUCCAGCCCCAGCUCGUCUCUCAUACGAACGCCUUCAAUUCCUUGGCGACUUUACUGAGAGCCCUACCGAGCCUUGACGAAUACGAGAUAUACACGGAAGCCUGUCUCGCAUCAAAGAGUUUGCUCCUGGUCAUGUAUCGGCUUCGGCUCUUCGACUCCCCGAAUGAUGAGGUUUUACCGGCUGCCCUGCAGCAUCUUCUCUCUGCGUGUUAUGUCCAACUCCUCCACGUGCAUACGAUUCUGGUCAGGCUUAUGUCAUAUGAGGCGUCGAACUCACCGGACUUUCAUCAAGGCGACCCCUUCUCCUUCGCCCGGCUUCGUCUGGUGGUCAUCUACUACCUUGUCAAGCAUCUGCUGGAACACCUGCGGCGUGGCUAUGGUGCAUAUGGUCUGACAGUGGCACGGUCGGGCUAUCAGCCAACUACCAAUACAGGAUCUCACGAAAUCAGUCAGGCUGAACACAACCUAUGGAACGACCUCCAGGAGUUGGAAAUCUGUCUUUCCCCAGGAUUACAGAUGCCUUCGGCUCAUGAAUCUGCCGAGUAG